AUGACGCCUUCGAGCACGCCAAAGUCGGCAUCCAGUAGAGUGUCCUCUCCACUGACGAAUGCCCCACGGCCCUCUGUCAGUAAGCCGAAACGACGAAGUCUACUCAAGAGUCAGAUCUCUUCGAAUCAGAACCUACCCCCUGGACGCACUGCCGCACCUGAAAAGAAACAGCAAUCGCUUCUGUCCGCUUUUAAAAUCACCCCCACCACUUCCAACAGUUCGCCAUCGCCCUCGUCCACGACCAACGAUCCACCACCUCGCCUUCACCGAAAUCGAACCACUUCGUCAACGGAUCCUACUCAGAUUUUGAAGGGCGUCGUUGCUUGUCUUGACAUUAGAACCGAAGACGGAGACGAUGUGUCCCAGAAUUUCGAAAGAGCACUUCAGUCCAUGGGAGCAAAGACCCGUCGAACAUUUUCAGAUGCUGUAACCCAUCUUGUGUACAAGAACGGAUCGUCUACCACAUUACAAAAAGCUUUGAGCAAAAAUGUCUACAUUGUCAAUCUGCUCUGGAUUACUCGCUGCAAAACCGAAAAACGACGGCUGGACGAAAAGGAUUUUUUCAUAGAGAGACCUCAAGGAUUGGCAUUAACAGGGAAGAAGAGGCGUAAAUCGAUGGAACCAAGUCGACUACGAGCGUUGGCCGCUGAAUCGAAUGGUAGCGAUAUUCCCACCUCCGUAUCCGAGAAACGAAUAAAAACACAAGGACUUCCUCGCAUCCAUAUAACACCGGAUCCUCGCCGUGCGUCGGAACCACGGUCCUUUCGGCAUACAUCAUCAUCAUCAUCCUCAUCUUUAUUAUCAGCAUCUUCAUCUUUAUCGUCGCAUACACAUUCGCAUUUGCAUAAUAACUCAUCAUCAUCAGCGCAUCGUCGGAAAACAAUGGAUCCUUCCCUUUGGGAAACCGGUGACCUGUCGGAUACAACUGCCUUAUCCGGAAAAGAUUCGAAUAUCUCUGCCACUUUCAGUGAACUGGCACUCGAUGGACUUGACGUCAAAUCUGCCGAACCGUCCAACACCAACCAUGACCGAACGUCAUCGCCGCUUGACAAUUACCAGGAUUCACUCGAUCGACGUAACCGGGAACUGGACGAACGUCGAAAAAAGGCCAAAGGCGUCGUUAUUCCAACCACAGCCCCUGACCAUGAAAUCAAAGCACAAAUCAAGGCGGAUUUCUUUGUUGGCCAAGUCGAUACCCCCAAACCAUCACGUAUGAGCAGUCCGACCGUGCCGCGUUUGAAACGCAAACGACGCUCCAUGGGCGUGCCUUCUCGAUUGAGCUUGGGAAGUUACGUUCCUCCUUUACGUUCCAUACGAACGUCCGACGCCUCGAUCGUGUCCGAAUCGUCGUCCUUGCUGCCUUUACCCUCCGAGGCAGCUACUGCAUCGCAGCCAACCACAACCAAAUUGCCCACUGUGGUCAUGACAAGUUUGGAUGAGGCGACACGUCAAAAGUGCACUGAAAUUAUCAAACGUCUCGGCCGUUUCGAAGUCGUUAAAUCGCAAUGGACUAACCGUAGAAAUAGAGUGGAUGACAGCACUACGCAUGUUAUUGUUGGUCGUAAGCGAAUGACGGAAUCGGUGGCUCUUGGCAUGGUGCAAGGAAUAUGGCUCGUCACACCAUCAUGGAUUAUAAAGUGUGGCGAAUCGGAAAAGUAUAUUGAUGAAGCCGAGUUUGAAGCACUGGAAUGGUUCCCUCGCGCUUCCGCCGCACGUCAACAGGAUGCAGUCUUGCCUUCCAACGUGAACAUCUAUAUUUCCUCGACAUUCAUGUCCGCGGACUUUGCCAACCAAUUGAUUACCAAGGCUGGUGGUCAGGUUGUGAACCAACCGGAAGAUGCGGACAUAAUCAUUAGUAAACACGCCAUCACCUCAGACAAAGUGGUUGUCACCGAACAAUGGCUUCUAGACUCCAUCGAACAGUGGCGAUAUUUACCCACAGGAAAAUAUAGUUCAAAACGUCAAUAA